ACUUGGUUAGUCAUGGGAUAAGAAUUCUUUGGUUAAUCUGUAAACAAUUGGGCUUCUAGGUUUAACAUUAUUUAUGUUAGUUUUAGCUAUCAACUGAAGAUUAUUUAUAUUUUCGUGUCUCCCUAUAGGUAGAUGCUUUCCAAGAUAAAAAAUAAUUUUCUAGUGGAAGGAAGUGAAUUUAAUUUAGAAUGCAAUUCGUUCAUUUAAUGAAAGAGGUCUUGGGAAUUGCAUUUUAUUAAAAAAAUGAUUUAAGUAAGGUUUUUGAUGAUUUGAAGCGAUUUUAAAACAACCUUGAAGAGAGCUUUGUGUAGGUAAUUUUAAAAUGAUUAUAAGUAUUUUUGUUAUGGCCUCGGGAAUUGGCCUAGGAUACGAAUCCGAUCAUCAAAUCCACAAACUUCUUUCUUAGAGAACAAUAUUUGAGGCUUUGAAAAUGAUACUGUAACCGAACAAUUUAUAUUUGUCGAAUUAGCCAGUUGUAUUCCACCCCUUAAAAAAUUCAGCUGUAAUACUCGCACUUCCCGAAAUGCUCAUAAGUUUACCCUUGAGCUCAAUUUCAGGUCUCAAGUAAAGAGAUUCUUUCUUAAACCGCACAUCGGGAAUGUAGAAUGCUUUGUUUCAGUCGUUUCCUCCUAUUGUGAUGUUCAGAACUUUAAGACUAAUAUGCAGCGGUAUUUCCUCUUAAAUCCUUCCCCAUUCUCCUAACGCUCGCGCUUUGUUUAAAUAUAAGCAUAGGGUACAAAAAAUAAAAAACACACAUGCAUCGCAUGCUCUGGCAAAAGUAUUGCUGCUUAAACCAUAAUUGAUUCUGAUAAUCCGAAUUUAUUCUGGCCAAGUUCUUCCCGUUUUCCGAGUGAUCCGGUUUAAACAUUAUAUCCGAAUUUAAUUUGGACAAUGUUACUGAAUUCGAAGUGGAUGGCAAAGACCUCGAUGAUGCCUUGGAGGACACUGCCGAAGAUGUACCCGUAAAAAUUGACUACAAUUUAUAUUGCAAGUUCUGGUCACUGCAGGACUUUUCCCGAAAUCCCAAUCAGUGCUAUAGUAAAGUACAAUGGAAAAUGUUUCAAACACAUGCAACAAAUGUGCUGGCAGCGUUUUCCAGUUUUGAAUUGGAAGAACCACGAACGAGUCCUUCAUCUAAAGAAGAAAACAAAGACAUGAUUUCACAGGAUAUUAAAAUGGAAGUUGACGAAACAGUCAGAAAGGCUGAGAAUUUCUUUGCAAAGUUUCUAACUAACCCAAAGCUAUUGGCCUUGCAAUUGUCAGACUCGAAUUUCAGGAGAUCAGUUUUGGUGCAGUUUCUCAUCCUUUUCCAGUAUCUUCAGUUGACUGUUAAAUUCAAAACAGAUUCCUACACCUUGACAUCAUCACAGUCGGAGUAUAUCAAAGAAACUGAAACUAAAGUUUAUAAACUUAUUGGAGAAACUCCACCGAAUGGCAAAAAGUUUGCCAAAACCGUUGAACACAUGCUGCAGCGUGAGGAAAUGUGGAAUAACUGGAAGAAUGAUGGAUGCAAGAAAUUUAAAAAGCCUGAUAUGAAUGAAGAAGUGUAAAAUACCACCAUCCAAACGACAGCGAAAAACUCGUGGUGACAGCAUAAAAGAAGCCAAUCGCCAAGGAAAGUUUUUCUUGGGAAAUGACGUAUUGACCAGACUGUGGAAUGUAUCGCCAGAUAAUUUGCAGGCUUGUAAGAGUGAAGACCGCAACUUCCUUCCACCGGUGGAUACAUACAUUGAAAAUCCUAGAGAAAAGAGUGAUCCGUCGUUUGAGUUGAGAGCUCUUCGUUUGUUAGCGAGACAAUCUCCGCAUUUCUUCACCUCUGUUAAAGCGCCCUCAUACAAAAUUGCCGAUUAUCUCGAGAGCGUUCGUAAAAAGAUUCAAAAAGAAAAGCACGAAAUCAAUAAAGUGGGUGGCCAGCCAGAAAAUACAGUUGAGAGUACUGUAGAAGUUCAAGAACAAGUUGCCUUCGAAACGCCGGAAGAAGCGGAACUUCUUAAAACCGAACCAUUGAUGGUACAAGAUGAUAAAAACACGCACAAGACAAUUACAGCCAGUAAAGAAAAUAUCGAAGAACUGGCGCUAAAAAUUGGAACUGAUUGGAAAAAACUUGGUAAAAAAUUAGGCUACACAGCAGAUGAGAUGCUUUACUUCGAAACAGAGAACCUGAACCCAAGUGAUGCUUGCAAGGCAAUGCUUACAAUUUGGUUUGAAAAUGACGAUGAUGCUAGUCUUGAUAAUUUGGCGUACAUUUUGGAAGGUUUGGAAAAGUAUGGAGCUGCAGAAGCUAUCAAAACUAUUAUAGAUCCUCCCAAUAAAAUGGAAGAUAUAUCCGAUUAAG